UUUAAAUUUUUAUUAAUUUAAAUGUAUGAGAAUCCACGUUUGAGUAAAAUUGAACUUUCUCGUGAAAUUCGGAGGAACGGGAGAUAAUAAUUGGAUAGAAGCUUUACACGAGAGCUUGCGGGUUGGCAACCACUGGCGCGAACUAUUAUCAGAUUUCCGAUCGGUUCGUAUAGAAAAUAGACGCUUAAAGCCGGCCGGCGCGGUGCGGUGAAUGGGGUGUAAAUAAGCGCGAGUACGUGGUGGAUCAUGCAUAUGCACCGCGUGGUGUGUGUCCUCUCUGGCUGGUUCCACAGUUAACUUGGAUCACGAGCGCAGCAUGCCGAUGCCGCCAUCGGCCAUGGCUCCCGAGGGCUCGACCUGCAAUUUAAAUGACCGCGACACGCAGCAAGUGUCUCCGGGGGUCGUUGGACAACAGCAUCGGCUUACCCGCAGCCUGAUCUCGGUCGGCUCCAGCGUCUGCCGAAUAUGUCACACGAACACGGUGAAGGAACCACUUAUUUCCCCUUGUAGGUGCAAGGGCACGCUGGCUUACGUGCACUUGUCCUGCCUGGAACGAUGGCUGAAUCAGUCGUGCCGAACUUACUGCGAAUUGUGCCGGUACUACUUCAAUGCCGUGGAGACGCCUCGUUAUCGAUGGCCAGAAUCUCUGAGGAUAUGGAUCAGCCAUCCACGGAAUCGUAGGAAUAUAGAAUCAGACCUGCUCAGCUUAACGUUACUCACUAUCGUUACGGUGGGAUUAGCUACGGUGUGCUUUUUGGGUAUGCGGUACUUUAUCAUCGAGGGGAAAAAGAUUGGAAUUUCCAAGCUCUGGACGCGAGGGGCGAUAUGGUUCUUUCUGACCAUCGUGAUAUUAGGCUAUGUCACUACUGUUUACCUGCUCUGCAGGGACCAGGUGUCGCCGUGGUACAGGUGGUGGAAGAGCACCGUCAAUGUCAGACUUGUCAUGGACCCUCAAUUGCUUCACCGUCGACCCUCGGACGAGUCCUCCCAGGACCGCGAGAGUCACGACGGCUCGAGGGAGACAACGACGACGUCUGCGGUCGAUACGUCAUAAAGCGAAUGUGUGUCGAUAAAAAGCGAAAUCGAGCUUGCCUUUAAUAUAAAAAUGUAACUGAGAAAGUCCCAAGAUAUAAGUCACGAAUGAAUGAAAUAAACACGAAUGCUACUCGCGCAACAAGAUGUUAUUGUAAGCUGACUCUAUAUAAUAUCACGCGCUAUUAUUCAAGCCUUCAGUUAUUUGUCGUUCGUUACUGUGUAACUAUUCCGUACAGUCAGAAUUUUAAUUCCGGACUUUUUGGAUCGCGUUGACCCGAUUUUCAUCACGCGAAUUUACGUAAAUAAUUCUCCGAAGCCUUUUAACAUUCGGCGGAAUUCGAGCCUGUCCGUCUUUCUGCAGGUAUGGAAAAAAACUUGCGUGAUUCGCGCGAUGUGUCGACGAAUGCAGAGUUGCGGUGAAUUGUUUUCCGUUUCUUUUGCCGCUGAUUGUUCGUGCGCCUCGCGUACGUUGUCCUUCUUAAAAAAAGAAACUUUCCACAUUUCUCAUGGCGUGCCGCGCGCGAGAUUUAAUCGCACAAAUGAGAUCUGAACGCGCGCGCGCGCCAGGUACAUUAAACAGAAAUACCUUGCGAAUUUAAACGCGUGCUUUCUGCCAAGAAAAAUUUA